AUGAAUACCCUACAACAGCAACAAGAUGAUGGUCACAUAAUAAUGUUUCCGUACAUGGCACAAGGUCAUAUCACUCGGUUUUUAGCAUUAGCAAGGUUCAUCUCUCAAAGAAAACCAAACAUCAAAAUCACAUUUGUAAGCACUCCUCUUAACGUAAGGCGCCUUCAAUCAGCAUUAACUUCAGACAAGAACAUUCAUUUAGCUGAGCUUCCUUUCUCAAGUGCUGAUCAUGGGCUACCAGCUGAUUCUUACAACACCAACUCUUUACCACCUCAUCUUAUCUUAACACUCCUAUACGCAUCAGAAUCUCUAAAACCUUUAUUCGACAAUCCAGUAACCCAAAUCAUAGCAACUGAAAAACGUGUCCCUAGUUGUAUCAUAGGUGAUACUUUGUACGGCUGGGUACAUGAGACUGCCAAACGUGUCGGGACGUUUCAUUUUGCAUUCACUUGUGGUGCUUAUGGAUCAGCUAUGUUUAUCUCAACCUGUUUACAUCUCCCACAUCGCAGGGAUGAUAAUUCCAAUGAUCUUAUCGAAGAGUUUCAGGUACCCAAGGUACCCGGCACAUGUCGGCUAUCUCAGCUUCCGGUGUAUCUAAGAGAAGCAAAUAAAGAAACCCCGCAUGUUAAAUAUUUCCAGAAACAGGGUUUUAACUCAAAGAUGAUGCAAGAAGAACUGGGGGUUUCUGUGCAAUUGGCUAAUGGAAAUGAAGGUCAAGUAUCGAGUGAAGAAGUGCAGAAAGUAAUUGAGCAAGUAAUGGAUAGUAGUGAAGGAGAAGAAAUGAGGAGGAAGGCAAUGGUGAUUGCAGAGAAAAUUAGUGCUGCAAUGAGAGAAGAUGAAGGCAGUCACCUUAAAGGGUCCUCAGUUAGAUCAAUUGAUAAUUUCCUUGCAACUGUAACUACUAAAAAAGUACUCGAAUAA